GCAUUUUAAAAGUUCAUAGACGAAAAGCGGUUAUAGAAAUGUUUUUUUACAUCGCAUUUUGAUUCAUGAACGAUUAAAAUCUAUUAUGUAGCUAGCUUUAUGACAAUGAAUUAAAACAACAAGUGUUAAUUUAUUUUUUUGCAGUCGGUUUUUGAUUUAAUUGAUAAACUAAUACGGUCUUUGAUGUUUUACAAUAGAAGUUAUCUAUCGUGAACACCACGGUGUAAUGUUUAAUUUUUGUUCGUGUAGUCCACGAAACAUUAUCGUGAGGUCCACAAUUGUUAAAAAAGUACACAUUGUGGGCUAUUGUGGUUUGUGCGUAACAUGAAAUAAACACGAACCACGAUGUUAACAAACCUUUUCACAGUACUGUAAGUAAUUACGUAAUGGCCAAUGUGUGCGCAGAAAUGGAGGUAAAAAUGUAAACAAACCAAGCAAACACGGAGGAAAACGUUCAAAACAAACAGAAUCCACAAUAAAAACGUGGCAGAAAUUCAGAUUUCAACAUUUAUUCACUUUAUGUUUUAACCAUGCUAUACUUGCCCAAUUUUAUUUUAAUCGUUUUCGUUAAUCGUUUAACUAUAAUUUGAACCAUAACAUGUGCAUUAACGAAUGGUCCUUUGCAUGAGCACGAAUGAUGACAUAAACCCUCGUGAAUUGAGCAUUCAUCUCUUCAUUUUUCCAUUUUUGUAACUAUGAUUUUUCCAAGGACUAUUGGCUAUUCAUGAAUCCUAUAACACAGCAGUUAGUCGAUCUUUUUCCUUUUUUUCCGCUUUGCUAGCGUUGUGUUUUUCUGCACUGAUGUUUCGUUACCUCCAUUUCUGCGCACGUAUUUUUUUUAGAUAGCAUUACGUAAUGUUAUUUGAUGUGCGGGCAGGAAAAACACGGCACUAUGAUUGAGUGGAUUGUGUUUAAGAAUGUUAGAGCAAUAUUUUGCCAUUCUAUUUUGAUUUUAGUAAAUGUUUGUAAAUAGAUAAUAAAGGAAAGGUACUGGCCAAAUAUAAAAAUAUAAAUAUAUAUAAUAUAAAAAUGUACAAAACGUUAUUUGGUUGUGUUCUGUGGAUAUAAGUACAAAUAUUGAAAUGAAAAGAAAUGAGAAAUGAGAAACUUUGAUUGUGUUCACCAGCUAAUAUGGCAUUUUUACAAAAUGGAAAUAUUUUAAUAUGGAAGUUUAUUUCCUGCAGAUUUCUUUUAAACGAACUAUCUGUGAAGUGCACCAACCAAAUAUAAAAACUUUGAUCGCUUGGUAGAUCACCUGCAUGACGUAUUUUGUUUAGCCAAGCCAUUUUUAAAGAUUUAAACGUAAAUUCAUACAAAAAGCGAUUUAACGUAAGCUAUAGGUCUUAACAUAAACGUUCUCUGCGCUCGUUUAAACUUUCUGCACGAUGUGAUGUCAAUAUUUAUAAUCAGGUCCAGUCCUAAAUGAAAUCGCGACUGUCUGUUUUUUUAAGAGAAAAAAAUUGAAUAUGCAAAGGCCUGUACAGCAAUUUUAAAUAAGAAAAACAAGUGAAAUGUCAUCAAAAAGAAAAGAAAGGGACCAAAACCUAGAAGCCAAAUUAUCAGAGUUGAAACAAAAACAGGACACGUGGAUGAAGCAACGCUCACAGUCACUAUCGAGUUUUACAACUUCAACCCCAAUUAACAAUACUUCAAAAUCAUCAAGAGCUGAAGUGUUGUCAAAAAAAACUUCAGUUAAAAAUACUGCUCAAAAACACGAUGCUCUACUUUGGAAUACAGGAACUUCGAACUCUUACAAUGGAUUUGUUGUUCGCAAGAAGCCCUCAACACAUACACCAGGUAGUGAAACAAGUCGUUCAAAGCCAACCGUUUUAACUCAUUCAUCAUUAAGAAACUAUCCAUCAAGGCCAUCUUCAGCUAAAUCUGAUAAAUUUUUGAAGAGCAAGUCCAAGAAAAAAAUGAAUAACAACAGUCCUAGCACUGGAAACAGUGAAGAAAGCCUUGACCAAAAAAUGACAGGCUAUAUUUCGAGACUUGAUUUUGGUAAUUCAGAAUAUGACAGCACAAAAUAUGAGUUGGAAACGAACAUUACUAAGCGGGAAAAAGUUGACGGAACUUUUAAAACAGAAAUAAAAGAAGAGGUUAUGAAAAAUCAUUAUUGCAGUCUUUGCCAUCAACUAAUGCUUGGAAAAAGAAAUGCACCUUAUAUUUUGUAUCCAUGUGGACAUUCCUUUUGUCUAGCAUGUGUCUCAGGAGCAAAGUUUUGUCCAAGUUGUCAAUCAGUUGUUGCUGGUAUGCAAGAAAAUGCAAUGUUGUCAAAUGUUAUUCAAGAAUUUAAACUAGAGAAAGAAAGAGAGGAACUUCGAAGAAAAGAAGCAGAAACAGAAAAAUAUCUUAAAGAGUACAAAUCAUUGAGCACGCGGACUGAAGUGAUGGAAGCCGAAGCAACAUCAAUUAUUGAUUCUAUGGAAGAAAUCACUGUGGAAUUAGUGAAUAAAAAAGACUCAAUAAAAUCAAUUGAAGAAAAUGCUACAGCUAUAAAACAACAAAUUCAAACUUUACAAAAACAAUUGAAGUCUUUAGAAGAACAGCAUAACAUGGAGACGGAAACUGUAAAUAACUUAGAAAAAGAAUACGAAAACCAAAAGCACCAACUGUUAAUGGUUGAGAAGACCUUAAAAACACUUAAAAGCAGUCAGGACAGAGUGAAAGCAAUGAUUAAAAAUCUAUCACCUUCUCUUAUGAAAGGCUUGGAAGACUAGUGUUGCAUAAUCGCACCAUUCAAUAUGGUCUACAACUUAUCUUGCGUUACAUUAUGUUUAUAGAGGAACUAUGUUAUAUAUAAUAUGACUGCUGUAAGUGCAGAGACUUUCGCUAACAGAAACUUUUGUGAAUUUUAUGAAUUUUGACUAAAUUCGCAAAAGUUUAUG